CGCAUUCAUUCCUCCGUCAGCUGUGCGCGUAGUGGCGCGUGUGGUCGGCUUGUUUGCGGGUCAGUGUAUCCAGAACGAUCGUGGGUAAUGCGGACUCGCACGCAAAUGGCGUCGCCAUGCCAUUAUGAACGAGAGUGUGCCAUACAAUAACGCGUACGGGCCGCGUCCGGGCGCAGCGCCUUGCGGCCCAGCCUGACGAACGCGCGAGCUAAGUCAAGCGAACGCGCCGAAGAUCGUAACGUCUGACGAGUGGUGCUUUGUGGGAGCUCCGACGAGAGAAGAAAAUAAUUCCGACCGUGCCCCCUCCGUGCCCCGUUUCGUGUCGUGUUGUGUCGUCGCGGCGACGACAGUGGCCACAUCCGAGGAGAAGCAACGGGAGAACGGUUACGAGAUUUGCGAUAGGUCCAGAAGGGGAACAGUGCCGAGAUGCAGGCGGAAUUGAUAUACCGGAAGCCAACGGCGAUGACGAGCCAGGGCGGUUUUCAUCGCGCCGGCAAUGAUAACAGAGAGAAGAACGGUGGGCGGGAUUCGCGGGAGACGAUACAUUCGGGCCAUUUCAUGGUGUCGGAUUUUGAGGCUGAGGCGCAGGACGACGAGGAUGAACUCGCCGUGCCGGUACCGGAUCAGGAGGAGCAGACCGCCAGAUUUUCGAUCAUCGCCCAUCCGGGUUUCUUUCACGACAGAUUCGCGAGCAGCGGCUCGUUGAAUGACAAGAGUACGUCCCAGCAGCUGAGCAUCGAGACGUCCUUGAACAAACUCUUCCAAUGCAUGUCUCUUGCCUACAGACAGAAGCUGACAUCGCCCAAGUGGAAUCGCUUCAAAGGCAUCAGAUUGAGAUGGAAGGACAAGAUCAGAUUGAACAACGUAAUUUGGAGAUGCUGGCAUAUGCAAUUCAUAUUGAAGCAAAAUACAUUGGUAUGUCAAUUUGCAUCGCCACUUGAUGUGGAUACUCACAAUAAGCCUGAGGCGGUAGUCUUAGAGGGAAAAUACUGGAAACGAAAGCUCGCAGCCGUCACAGCGGAAUACAAGAAAUGGCGCAUGUUCUACCGAAACAAGAUCCUUGGCUGGACGAACAAAGAUGGCACAGAGAUGAUGGAGUCAAUGGAUAUGCUAGAUUGGGGCGGUGGAGGUGGAACAAGCUGUAACUUUGGAGUGGGUACAGGAAAUGCAUUCGGUAAUACGAGCGGAGCUCCAGGUGGGGAGAGUAUGAUGGUUGACGAAGACUAUAUGGAACUGAUGACCGAUACCCUUUUCUCAACUAUCAGCUCGAAUCAACCAAUAUACUUCCCCGAUCCUAGAGAAAUCGCUCGAGGUGCCAGUUUAGCGGACUUCAUUCAACCUAGUCUAGGCCCUUUGCAACCAAAUUUAGACGAUUUUAUGGAUACUUUAGAACCAUUGCAAGAAUUCCUAAACUCGAAAUUGCCUCCUGUACCCGAGGAGGAUGAUAUGUUUCGGAAUAGCAGUCUAAAUGCUAAUUAUUCUGAUCUGGACUUGAUGACACCAAUUAAUCAAAUAAACGAAAUAGGCGAGGAUCCAUUAACAAUAAAAAGUGGGCAAGCUUCGCAACAGCAACAGCUACCGCGGGAAGAGCAAGAGGCCAGCAUGCAGAAUCUCCAGUAUACUGCCAAGAUAUAUACGCAACCUCAACCUGAAGCAGCGAGUGUGUAUAGAAAUAAUAUAGUCAUGAGUGAAGAUUACGCUCUUCAGCCGAAUUUCGAGGCGUCCGUUGCAACGAGUCAAUCCAUGCGAGAAAAAACUAGAAGUAGUAGAGCGACGUCGUCAAGAAGUAACCGCGUGAUGCAGCAGCAGCAGCAGCAGCAGCAACAAUCACAGAAUACAUAUCAAGCGACUACGCAGCAAAAUUCAGGCUUCCAGUCGCAGCAAUCGCAGUCUUACGCGAUGGAGAUUCAGGCGGUACGAUUAACACCAGUGCAGAAUCAGCCGCAAUCCGUGCAGAUCGCAACUCUGAAUGAUCAAUCGGCGAUUAAUGCCAGUCAAAUACCCUCGAUCACUGCCGUGCAGAAUCUGGUGACGGUACAGCAUAAUUUCGCUGCGCAGACCGUCAACUCGCAACUGCAAACUCAGCAUCCAGCAAUAAGGCCUUUGCCGACUGCCUCACCGAUGUCUAGCAAACCUUACAAGAUUGUUCAACCACAGCAGCAAUGUUACAAGUUUCCGAACCUCGUACAGAAUUUGAAUACUCAACAGUGUAAAUUUAGCACUAAUAGUUUCAAGACACAUCCCACGCAACAAGUGGUAUCCGUUUCUUCGACAUCAGAACCAUCGCAAUCGCAGAUAUUAUUACAGUGUAGAUCAUCUGGUUUAGACCUUACCGCGCCUGCUCUACAUCCAACCAAGCUGUUAUCUCAACCAACAACAUCCAAUGCGGAAAAAGAAGAGAUCUUCGCCGUACCUAAAUAUCAAAUAAAAGGGAGAAAUAGAUCGCGAAGCAGUUCAUCUUUAACAGCACCUAGAAUACAUCCGCCGCCGCUAGUAUCCGCAGUGAGCGAUCCAGCCUUGAAUCUGAAUAACAAUGUCUUGCUUGCACAUUUACUCACAAAUAAAGUAACGCAAGUAACGACAACGCAACACAUCACGACCCCGGUGACUGUGCAAACAAUGCAAACUUCUAGCAUACAGCAAACGCAACCACAGCAACAGGUAUUGAUUACAAUGCAACCAUCUACAGGCCAGCAAAUCCUCUUAAAUGCAAACAGUCAAACGCACCAAUCUCAAAAUAGUCCAGGCUCGCCAAAAGAUAGUAGUUCUAAUGCGCAUAGUCCUCAAGCUUUAAGUCUUAGUCCUCUACAUAGUCCCAUGAACAUAGGUAGCCCGUUAUCACCCACUCGUGGAUAUAUGAAGGGUGAAUCGGAAAGAGGACAAUAUAAAGAACAGAGGCGAGUUGGCCACAUUCAUGCAGAACAGAAGCGUAGGUAUAAUAUUAAGAACGGCUUCGACACAUUGCACAGUCUUAUACCACAGCUCAGUCAGAAUUCCAAUGCGAAACUGAGCAAAGCCGCGAUGCUGCACAAAGGGGCGGAUUAUAUUCGGCAACUUAGAAUGGAGAGACAUCAAUUAAAGGAAGAGAUGGAUAGCUUGAGACAUCAAAUCGAGUGCCUUAAUACGUCUAUUAGUAAUUGUCAAUCUAUGCUUCCUGCAACGGGUGCUCCAGUUUCUAGACACAGAACCAGUAAGAUGAAAGAAAUGUUUGAUGAAUAUGUACGUACGCGCACGCGAGAAAACUGGAAGUUUUGGAUUUUCAGUAUAUUGUUAGAGCCGCUAAUGCUAUCCUUCAAUGCUUCAGUCUCAACUGCGAGUAUCGAGGAUUUGUAUAGAAGUACAAUUUUAUGGGUAGAACAGCAUUGUUCACUCGUCGAUCUCAGACCAGCUGUUCUGAAUUCUCUAAGGUAUCUAUGUACUGCCACUGAUAUUUUAUCAGAUCCAGCCCGUCUUCCCGAAGAAGCACUCGCGGCAGUCAAUCGAACGGAACGUCGACGAUCCACUCAGUGAUCAAAUGCGUGAAUCAACAGCGUUUGUAAUAAAAAAUUCAAGAUUUAUAUGUAUAUAUUUAGCUACUGUAUAUACAUAUAUGUAUAUAUGUAAAUUUUGAAUUUUUAUGUGCAUAUAUACAGACGCGCGCAAAGAAUGAUAGUUACCGUAUAACUUAAGUCAAUGCGAAACAAAAAGAAAACAGAAUAUUCGAUUAAACAGUAAUCGCGGAAGAAGAGAUAAAAGUUUAGAUGCAAUUCCUCUUUUUAUUGCAACAUCACGUUAAAGUUGUAAAAUCUAUUACGGCAAGUUAAAGUAAUAAACGUUUUAUAUUACAAAUUGUAUAAAACGAAUAUUACACAAAUUAUAUUGCAGUGUAUAAUAUAUUGGAGUACACACAUAACAUAUUGCAAUAUGUAUACUGACAAUAUAAAGUAUGUCAAUGCUGUGGCACAAUCAUUUGCAGAUAAUUACUUUUUGAUAAAAAAAGAAAUGUGUACUUGUUUUGUUUAUUUCGCGCAAUGGUAUACAUGUAAAAUUGUACACAAGAUCAAAGAAUAUUCUAAUAUCUUUACAAAUUUGUAAAACACACAUACAGUAAAGAAAAGAGUUAUUAUAUAUUUAUACAAUUUUUCAAUAAUUACGCAUAAUAAAUUUAUAUAUGAUAAAACUCAUUCCAUUGCUUUGAGAAAUGUCCUUCAGCUAAUAACUUAAUAAGCAUGAUUAUUAUUAUUAAAAUAUAGAAAUUAAAAAUUUGCGCUUUGAUAAAAGAUUGGAUCUCUUAAUAUUUUUACGUAUCUUUUUGAAAAAAAAGAAAGGUUUUUUUUUUAUAUAAAAUAUUACGUGAUUAUGACUAGAAGUUACUGUAAUAUAUAGUUAUUAAAACGGUAUAGAUUGUAUGAACAAAUCUUUUUAACUCCAGAUCACGUCUUUACGAAAUUAAUAUGAUAAACGAUAAUUAAAAGAGAAUAGAAUCAGUGCCAUAAACGUUCUAAUAGACUGCAAAGACAAUUCAAGAAUCGAAAAGAUGAAUUUCUGGAAAGUAUGACUUGAAGAGUAAAAAUGCAAAUAAUUUUUUUAUUAUAAACUAUGAAUUAUUUCAUAUGAACAUGCUACGCUAUAUACUGCACAACUACGCCAAUAAGAAGUGUAUGUAUAUACACUAUAUAGUUUAUCAUUGCGGAGACGAUAAAAAGGGGGUUGCUCAUAAGUUUCAUAUUCACACUGUUAUGUAAAACAAGAUCUUUAAUGUGGAAAUUCAUGUGAUAAUGUACAAAUCAUUUGCAAAAGAUUUUAGUAUCAGCGCGCGCGCGAAUUAGCUUAAGCUACAAAGGGCUUCUACAUAUUGUAACUUGUUCGCUAUAUAAAAUGUUGUAUAUAGUCAAAUGUUGAAAGAUCAACAUAGUCAGUUCUUUGAAAGCUGAAAUUCUUUUUUAAAUUGACACUUGGCUGCGUAUGCACUAUUAAUUUGUUUUGUUUUAAAGCAUUAAAAAUGUUAUUUUUUAUACAAUAUAUAGAUGCCCUCACUCAACUUACACCAUGUACAAUGCAUAAGUGAUAAAUAAUAUAAGUGAAUUCAUCGAAGGGAUGUUUUUUUUUUUGUACAAUAUGUAUCAUAUAAUCAUAAAGAUUCACAUGUUACUAUUCAAAUGUUACAACAAUAUGAAGAAAU